ACCUGUUUUCCUGUCCCAGCGCACAUUCCUCCGCCGCGUCCCGCUCCCGCCGCCCCCGCUGCCAGCGGAGGCCCUAGACUCGCGCUCCAACUAUUCCAACCAUCCUGGGAAGGGUGGGGCGCCGGCUCUCGGGCCCCCCUCGGCUGCCCCCCCUCCCCGUCAUCGGUCUCCCCCUCUGCCCGGGUCCCUCCCUUUCUGGGCCUACGCCAGCCAAUCCGCAAGGAGACUCCGGGCUUGGCCCGGGAGCCGGGGAGCUCACCGAUCCCCCGCCCCACAGUUCUGGCGGCCGUCCCGGUGCGCACGGACGUGGCUCGAGUUUCCUCCGCUCUCCGGGCUCCCCCUCCGCCCUCUCUUCCUCUUCUCCGGGUCUCCCGCUCCGGCUACAGCUCCACCCGGCCGGUCCCACACGGCUCCGGGUAGCCAUGGAGGACACCCAGCUCCAUAUCAUCGAGCAGCCGCUUUCGGGGUACCCCGACGCCGGGGACUCGGGGUCCUCCCCCAUGGGGGCGCCAGCCGCGGAGGAGCCGUCGGGGGCCGGCUCCGAGGAGCUGAUCAAGUCCGACCAGGUGAACGGCGUGCUGGUGCUGAGCCUCCUGGACAAGAUCAUCGGCGCGGUCGACCAGAUCCAGCUGACCCAGUCGCAGCUGGAAGAGCGGCAGGCGGAGAUGGAGGGCGCCGUGCAGAGCAUCCAGGGCGAGCUGAGCAAGCUGGGCAAAGCCCACGCCACCACCAGCAACACGGUGAGCAAGUUGCUGGAGAAGGUGCGCAAGGUCAGCGUCAACGUGAAGACGGUGCGGGGCAGCCUGGAGCGCCAGGCCGGCCAGAUCAAGAAGCUGGAGGUCAACGAGGCGGAGCUGCUGCGGCGCCGUAACUUUAAAGUCAUGAUCUACCAGGAUGAAGUGAAACUGCCAGCCAAACUGAGCAUCAGCAAGUCCCUCAAAGAGUCGGAGGCACUGCCCGAGAAGGAGGGCGACGAGCUGGGCGAGGGCGAGCGGCCGGAGGAGGACGCGGGGGCCCUGGAGCUGUCCUCCGACGAGGCGGUCGAGGUGGAGGAGGUCAUCGAGGAGUCGCGCGCCGAGCGCAUCAAGCGCAGUGGCCUGCGGCGCGUGGACGACUUCAAGAAGGCCUUCUCCAAGGAGAAGAUGGAGAAGACCAGGGUGCGCACCCGCGAGAACCUGGAGAAGACCCGCCUCAAGACCAAGGAGAACCUGGAGAAGACGCGGCACACCCUGGAGAAGCGCAUGAACAAGCUGGGCACGCGCCUGGUGCCCGUGGAGCGGCGGGAGAAGCUCAAGACCUCGCGGGAGAAGCUGCGCAAAUCCUUCACCCCCGACCACGUGGUCUACGCGCGCUCCAAGACCGCGGUGUACAAGGUGCCGCCCUUCACCUUCCACGUCAAGAAGAUCCGCGAGGGCGAGGUGGAGGUGCUGAAGGCCACCGAGAUGGUGGAGGUGGGCCCCGACGACGAGGAGGGCGGCAUGGAGCGCGGCGAGGCCGCCGAUCUGCUGCGCGGGAGCAGCCCCGACGUGCACACGCUGCUGGAGAUCACCGAGGAGUCGGACGCCGUGCUGGUGGACAAGAGCGACAGCGACUGAGCGCUGGGCACGGGGCUGUGCCCAGGAGGCCGCGCCCCCCACCCCGCACCCCCGCCUCUCCCCGCCCCUGCCCCGGUCUUUUUCCUCUGAACUUUCUCUUGCGCAUUCUGUCUCGGCCCCCAAACUGGCUGAGACAUGUCCAAAUUGACAGCCCCAACCCGCAGCGAGCACGCCUCCAAGCUGUUAAGACAGGAGUGGGAUGCAGCCUCCGCAGGGGACAGCCCGGAUUGGGCAUUGCCUGGAUGGAAAUGGAAGGGGGAGCGGUCUGGUCCCUAUCCAGGUGGUCCAAGUGGGGGAUCCUAAAGGAAAUUGUCAUUUCCAGAGUUGCCCGGGCCCUAGCUGCCUUCUCCCGGCCGUGCCUCUCACACUCACACCCAGCGCUGUCACCCUGCUCACUUUCUCAUCCUGAUUCCUAGAGACUCCAAAGCCAAAAUGACCGUAAAAGGAGAGAGCGUCCCAAAGAGCACCUUUGCCCGCGGGGAGACUCCGGACUGGAAGGACUUGAAAGUGGCUUUUGGGAGAACCUGGGGCAGUGGGGGAGAGAGGGCAGUUGCCAUGGCCCUGGAUGAGGGGCGAGCACAGUCUGUCAGCUAUAGGUCCCUGCAAGAUAACCUGAAGCCCCGCAGAGCCCUGGAGGGGGUGGGGUGGGGAACACUUGCAUGUUAGGGACCUGCACAUGGUUAUGGUUUUGGGAAGGAGGAAGAGAAAACAGAAGGUGGAAACUGGUGAAGGGAGGAGAAAUCCUCUCAGUAGCAGCCUGAGAAACACAGGGCAAAAAUCCAUCUUACUGGGGUUCUCAGUGGUAGCAGGACAAGGGGAGUAGAUGGUGUGAGAAAGCAAAAUGAUCCAAAGAGAAAGAGGUAAACGCACCUAACCCUCAACUGGGAGGCAUCUGGUAACCACCCCCAGGGCCGCCAUGUCUCAAAACCCAGAAAAUUAGGUUCCAGGAGGGGGCAGCAGAGAGCUGGAAGUUAGGCCAGGACUGGAAAGAGGAGGUGCUGAUGGCCAGGCCACCAAGCUGAGAGCUGGCCCCUUGUGCAGAGCAACCCAGCCGCUAUCCUGGCAGUUUGUUCGGAAGACCCUUCCCCAGAGCUAGUAUCAGAAAGUGGAAGCACUUGCCAAGACCCCUUUGGUUUUCUCGCCCGCCCGGGUUCCUGUCCUGAGCCUUCGGAGGUAAGAGGGGUGCCACUUCAGCCCGAGGCUCUGGCUUCUGUAGGUCACUGACCAGGUUCUCCCCAGGACACUUCAGUCCCCCUGUUCCUCCCGUGUAAGGGCAGCUUGUCAGAGCAAGGCUAGCUCCCCUCCUCCACAUCACAGGCCAGAGAACUGAAGACAUCAUCCUCCUUCUCCCCCGACCUCUCUGCCUUGUCUUCCUGCUCUGCUUUUUUAGAAUUGCAGCUAAUUGUUUUGUUUUAGGGAGGGGGGGAGGGAGGGAGCCUGGGGACAUACACCUUUUUUACAAUACAAGGCUUUGCUUUUUUUUUUUUUUUUUUCCCUUUUCUUGGUUCCCUUCUCUCCUCUGAAUGGUUGGAGAUGAAUCAGCUGAGGGAGGAUGGGGAUUGUGGGACAAGGUCCCUUGGUGCUGAUGGGCUGAGGGGCCUGAUGUGUGGGCAGACACAGUUUCCUGCAGGCUCUGGGGAGCCUCUCCUGUGACUGUGUCCUGGUGAACAGCCCGACCAAUAAACCUGCUUUUCUAAAAGGAUUUGUGUUGGGCUGUAAUCUCCAAAGGUGCUUAGAUAGGCUGCGUUGCAGAAGACUGGAGGGAGCUUGGGAGGUGAGAGAGACUGUAGACUUGCCUCACUUGCCUUGGGUGGGGGAGUUGCAUGAAGGGGAGGAAUAUUAUACCCACUUUGGUGAUGAAGAAACAUGGAGCUGGGGUCCUAAGCAGGCAGCCUGGCUCCACAGUCUGGUAAGGGUCUCAGUGUGUCUGGGUCCGCUUCCCUGGCAUCAGGCUUUAGCUUUCCAGAUACUCCUGUUACUCUACUCAGUCUGAGCUGCCCCCAAAGACAUACUUCAGACUCACAGGCCUAGACGAGGUGGCCUAGGGGAGGGAAGAAGCCAGCCGCCUUUCUCGGACUGCUGAAUAUCAUAGAGAAAGGCCUCUAGGCUUGUUAGAUUGCCAGUCACAGCCACACAGCCCACAAUCCUGGCGUGGGCACCCGUUUCAUCAUGCAGCCUCUCAGGCUCCCCGCAGUGGUUCCAACCGCCUAUAGGUGAUGGAUUUCCUAGAACAAUGGGACCACAUUCUCCUGUGGGAUCUUUCUGUAUCAGAAUCACCUGGGAAGGGGUGUCCCUAAGAAAAACAAUGUCAUUUCUUUUCUUUUUUAAAGAUUUAUUUUUAUUUAUUUAUGCAUACAAGAGCGGG